AUCUGAGGUUUAGUCAGGAAAACAGCAGUAUGAGAAAGCGAAGAACAGCACAUGAGGGAAGAACUUAGACAAGCAUGCUAUCUCUCGUUAUGUAACUUUACAUAUUUUUAUGUAACAUAGCCUAGAAUCAAAACUGGAACUUGACCUCAAUCUGUGGCCAAAGCAAAAUGAGAACAUACACCAAAGGUGAUUAAACGGACCUGGCACAAGAUUUGCUGACAGCGAGUAUCUCAAGAAGGAGGUCAGGAGAAGUGUUUGAAAUCACAAGAGCUUUCUGAAUCAGCAGGGCUCCAGAGGAAACCAAGAUGUGGAAGAGGUCAAAGGUGACCGAUCAAACUGCCACUGGGCAGGCGGUCGACGGUUCUGAAGGAGUUCACCCAGACGACAAAGGCAUUAAGAAGAAGUCGAAAGUGCCUGGUGUCAUGAUAACGCAGUUUAUGGAGGAACUUCCUGAGGGAAUGACAACCCCAGAUUUCACCCGCAAACCCAUUGCACUGACUAUUCAAGAGGGUAAACUUGCAGUCUUUAAAGCCAUAGUGGUGGGCACCCCAACACCUACUGUAACAUGGAGCAGAGCAAACGGAGAAUUACAUUUUCACCCUGACGUGUGCCAGCAGAAGUACGAUGAGGCAUCUAACGAACAUACCAUUGAGUUUCCUAAGGUCGCUCCAGAGGAUGCUGACACCUACAAGUGUUUUGCAACAAAUGAAUAUGGAAGGGCUGUUUGCACUGUUGUCUUGAAUGUUAUUGAGGUUGGAUUCUCUAAGAGUAAAGAACUUCAAAAGACACAAGGAGAAGAUCCAGUAGACCUCAGAAAGAAACUUAAAAAACGUAAUCCUGAUGGAACUCGUGAGGAAAAGCCAAUGGAGCCAGACGAGAAGGUCUGGGAAAUCCUCCUUAGUGCAGACAAGAAAGACUACGAGCGUAUCUGUGCUGAAUACAAUAUCACAGAUUUCCGCGGCAUGCUGAAGAAACUCAAUGAAAUGAAGAAAGAGAGAGAAGAAGAGAUUGCAGAGUUUGUUACACACAUCAGUAAACUGAAACCUAUUGAGGUCAAUGAUGAUGACUGUGCAACAAUUGAGUUGGACAUGGACCUGAAGGAUCCUAGCAGCAAAAUCUUCCUGUACAAGGAUGGCGUCAUGGUUCCAUUCACCAAAGAAGCAGCUGACGAUAUUAAGCAUAGCUUGAAGCAAGUUGGCAAAAAAUACAUAUUCACAAUUAAAAAACUAGGUUCAGAAGAUGCAGGACUCUACUCUGUGGAUGUCGAGGGUGUCAAUGUUUUCUCCACAGAUUUUAAAGUACCUGAAGUUGACUUUGCUGUCAAAAUACAAGAGGUUAAGGCAGAAGAAAGAGAGGACGCCCUCUUUCAAUGUGUCCUGACUGCACCAAUGAAUGAGAUCAAAUGGUAUGGCAAAUCCGCUCCACUGUCAAAUAGCGAGAAACAUGAAAUCACUGUUUCUGAAGAUAAGCUUAUCCACAAGUUGAUUGUGCGGGACUGUAUGCCUUUGGACGCCGGUAUCUAUGCCGCUGUGGCAGGAAUCAAAUCCUGCAAUGCCUGGCUUGUAGUUGAAGCUAACAAAGAUCCUGCCAACAAGGGCAAGAAGGCAGCUCGUAAAACUACUUUGGCUGGAGGCGGUAAUGAAGGAGAUCUGUUAAAAAUAGCUAAGGAACAGCAGGAAAGAUAUCAGAAAGAAAUGGAAGAAAAAAUGGAAAUUGCCAAGAAGGCACAAGCAGAGAAAGAAGCUGCAGAGGCAGCUGCCCAAGUAGAGGCUGAAGCAGCUAAAAAGGCAGCGGCUGAAGCUAAGGCUAAGGCGAAGGCUGAAGCGAAGGCUGAAGCGAAGGCUGCUGCAAGAGCAAAGAGAGCAGCAGCUGGCAAGGAAGGAGCUGCAAGGAAAGCUAAGAAAAAAGAAGCUGGUGCCGCAGGUGUUGCAGGCUCUGCUGCGGAGGGUGCUGGAGACACUGGAGUUGCUGGAGGUGCUGGAGGCGCUGGUGGUGCAGGGGGGGAAGGAACUGAUGGUGGCAAAGGUGCAGGUGCUGGUAAAGGCAUCGGAGCUGGUGCUGGUGCAGGUGGUGAAGGUGGAAUAGAAGACGGAAGUGGAGCUGGGGGCGGUGGAGGUUUGGGAGAAGAUUUUGAGGGAGAAGAUGAUUUCGAUUCAUUUGAAGAUUCUGAUGAAGAAUUUAAGGGAGAAGGAUAUGGAGAAGGAGGAGAGGGUGGAGAAGGAGGUGAAGGAGGAGGGAAACGCAAGAAACGUGUGAGAGAUGGUCCACUUGUUCCAGAUACAGUAAUAGGAGAUAAUAAUGAUGAGGAAUCCACAAAUCAACAAGGCGAAAAAUCUGGGACAAAAGGAAAACGUCCAAAAAAGAAAAAUGUGACGGUCGAAGAAGCUGUUGUUGACCCAGGAGUUCACUUUCAUGCUGGGCUUUCUGACUGCAAAGCCAUUAUUGGAGAAGCAGCAGAGCUGGAGUGUAAACUGAGCAAUGAAGACUGUAAGGGAAUAUGGUACAAAGAUGGAGAGGAGAUUCAGUCAUCUGAGGGCAUAACCGUUUCUCAAGAAGGAAGUUUCCACAAGCUGAAAAUUCACAAAGUCACAGAGGAAUUUGCUGGAAAAUAUAAAUUUGAAGCAGAUGGACGGAAGACAGAGGCCUUGAUUGUUGUUGAAGAUCCGCCCAGAUUUGAUACUGAGGAACUACAAGUAUUUAAAACUCCUGUAAUCGUGAAAAAAGGACACAAAGCUUCCUUCAAAUUACCUUAUAUUGGACGGGAACCUAUCAAAAUCCAGUGGUACCUUGAGGGUGAAGAGCUUUCAGAUGAAGGAAAUAUCAAGUUAGAGCACUCAGAUGGUUACACCAGUCUGCUUCUAACCAAGCUGCAACGCAAAGACAGUGGUGAGGUCAAGCUAAAACUCAAAAAUGAGUUUGGCACUAUUGAGGCCUUCAGCCAGCUUGUUGUAAUGGAUAAACCCACUCCUCCAAUGGGACCUCUGGAGAUUAUUGAAGCCUCCUCCUCUGUAAUUGAUUUCAAGUGGAGGCCCCCAAAAGACAGCGGUGGCUGCAAGAUAGCAAACUAUAUCCUUGAACGACAACAAGUUGGCCGCAACACCUGGAAGAAGGUAGGGCCUAUUGGUCCAGAGCCUAAAUAUAGGGACAGUGAUGUAGACCAUGGCAGGAGGUACUGUUAUCGCAUCAGAGUGGAGACUGAAAUGGGCCUCAGUGAGCUGAUGGAAACAGAGGAUAUUCAAGCUGGUACAAAAGCAUACCCUGGACCUCCAUCAGCACCAAAGGUUGUCAGUGCCUUCAAGGACUGCAUCAACCUCUCUUGGUCUCCUCCAGCUAAUACUGGAGGAACCAAUAUUCUGGGAUACAACCUUGAGAAACGCAAAAAGGGCAGCAACCUGUGGGGCCCAGUCAACCCACCUGAUGAAAUGAUCAAAGCUAAGGGAUUUGGAGUUAAAGAUGUGGUUGAGGGAAUGGAGUAUGAAUUCCGUGUGUCAGCGAUCAAUAACUCUGGAGCGGGGGAAUUCAGUGCACCGUCUGAGUUUGUGUUUGCCAGAGACCCUAAAAAGCCUCCUGGUAAAGUCAUUGACUUCAAAGUGACAGAUUCCACCUACACAACUCUGUCCCUGUCUUGGACCAAGCCCAAGGACAUAAAGGGGGUUGAGGAUGAAGCCAAAGGAUAUUUUGUAGAGAUCAGACCUGCAGAAAACACAGAAUGGGAUCGCUGCAAUUCAAAUGCAAUAACCAUGAAUUCCUAUACUGUGAAAGGCAUGAAGUCAAUGGCCAUGUACUGGGUGAGAGUCAUUGCUACAAAUGAUGGAGGAGAGGGAGAGCCACAGGAACUGGAUAAUUACAUCCUUGCUAUGCCCCCUCCAGUGAGACCACGAUUCACGGAUGCCAAAAUCAAGACUUUCAUGGUGGUGAGAGCAGGAAAUUCUGCACGAUUCACCAUUAACUUUGAGGCCUCUCCUUGGCCUGAGGUCACCUGGCUGAAAGAUGGAGUGCCCGUGACUAAAAAGGUGACCAUCAGCAAUGCAGAGGGCACAUCCCAGCUUCUGAUUCCUUCUGCCGAACGCUCAGAUACUGGAAUCUAUACUAUCAUUGUCAGGAACAUUGUCGGCCAAGAAACAAUCAGCAUUGAAAUUAGAGUCACAGAUGAGCCUAAGCCACCAGGUCCUGUGGAGAUGGACGAAAACGUGCCUGGCACAGUGACCAUUUCAUGGACCCCAUCUCCAGAUGAGAAACGUGACGACAGACUGCAUUACAUGGUGACAAAGCGUGAUUCAAGUAAAAGAACAUGGCACACCGUUGCAGAUCGCAUCUUCAACAAUAGAUUCACAGCCUGCAACAUAAUGCCAGGCCGAGAAUACCUCAGAGUCUAUGCAAAGAAUGACAUGGGCUCCUCCAAACCCUCUGAAUCACAAAAGUGGCUGAUUUCUGCCAAAAAAGCAAAGUUCACUGUGAACAUGCCAGAAACAAAGGCCUGUAAUCUAGAGUGUCCUCCCAGGUUCAUCGUCCCACUGAAAAUGCAUGCUGCUCCUCAAGGGUAUGAAUGCUACAUGAGCUGUGCUAUAAAAGGGGAUCCAACACCUCAUGUGACAUGGCUCCGCAACAACAUAAGUCUGAAUACCAACACUAACUACUACAUCUCCAACACCUGUGGAGUCUGUUCUCUGCUCAUAUUGAGGGUUGGACCUAAAGACACCGGGGAGUACACGAUUGUUGCAGAAAACUCUAAGGGGAGAGCCGAGUGCUCCACUAAAUUGACAGUCAGAGAAUAAAUGAACACACUGAAGACGGUCGAAUUACUCUAAAACCCUAAAAGAAACCAAAUUGUUGGCACUUAACAUACUGUCAGUCUAAGCAACAGGUUUGUUUAAAUUUAAACUUUAGCAAACCCUGUCAAAUGUGAAAUUAUUUAAUAUUGCCAGUGAUACUUUUCCUUUUAGAUUGUAUUUGUACAUCAAGUAUUUGACGGACAAAUUCCUACAAAGGCUGCCAUUUAGUCAAAGUUAAAUAGGAAUACAAAUGUUGCUGAAAUUAAAGCCUAAAACUUGUUUUGAUUUCAAUUGUGCAAUCUCAAUAAAAUGUAAGCUUUAAAUACUAAUGGCCAAUCUUGCAUAUUUUAACUGAAAUAUGAUGCAUGUUAAACAGCAAAACUAUUUAGAGUACAGGACAGUGUAGCAGUGAUUUAUUGAUUUUAAAAGGGCUAUUUUAAGGUGUGUCUAAAGCUUCUGCUUGUGUCUUUCAAAAAAUGUUUUAGAUGCAGAUUUCUGUUCACGUGUAUAGUGACUGGUUGCAAUUGUUAUUUUUCUGUGAUUAUGGAUUUUAUGUCUUUCCCCUUAAUUGAAACUGAGAUGACAAAAAAUACCGACAUGAAAAAUGUAUAUGGUACUGACAAAGCCCUGUAACUGGCUGUUAUAGUCUGUUAUACAAAAAAUCUGUGUGGGUUUUGUGUAAAUAAACAUACUGCUAUUGUGA